AUUUGUCAGCCCUUAUAUAAGAUGCUCAGUGCCCUCAUCGGCCUUUUCAGCUGAGUCCGCCAUCAGGUCACAGCCAGCACUGCCUGAAAACCCCCGAACACAAUCCGACAAAAUGAUCAUCUACAAGGACAUCAUCACAGGUGAUGAGAUGUUCUCGGACAUCUACAAAAUCAAAGAGUCUGAGAAUGGGAUGAUGAUUGAAGUGGAGGGAAAGAUGAUCAGCAGGUCAGUGGGAGACAUAGAUGAUGCACUGAUUGGUGGCAACGCAUCGGCAGAAGUUCAAGAUGAGGGCUGCGAGUCUUCCACUGUCAGUGGUGUGGAUAUUGUCCUCAACCACAAACUUCAGGAGACAUCCUACGACAAGAAGUCAUACACAGCCUACAUCAAGGACUACAUGAAGGGAGUGAAAGCCAAACUACAGGAAACUGCACCUAACAGGGUUGACCCCUUCAUGGCUAAUGCACCAGCUGAGGUCAAGAAAAUUCUAGGCAAUAUCAAGAACUUUCAGUUUUUCACUGGCGAGUCCAUGAACCCAGACGGCAUGGUUGGUCUACUCGACUUCCGUGAGGAUGGCAUCACUCCAUACAUGCUCUUCUUCAAGGAUGGUCUGGAGAUUGAGAAAUGCUAAACUCCGUAAGCAUCUAAAAUUGCCCCUCCAACUUUGGCCUCUACUUGGUGGAUUGGGCCUGUGGAUUAAACCAAUCAUUCCCCCCAAUUCCUUUCCAUCAGGACCAGAGGCUCUUUUAACUUCACUAGGCCGUUGUUUUAAUUUCUUGAUUGGCUUCAAGAUGUGAUGGUCCUCUCAUGAAAAUAGAAACAGGACUUUUUACCAAGCUAAACCACAAUGUGAAAAGAUUGUGGUUGAAACUAUUUUGGGUUUUUUUAUUUUGUCGUCAUGGAGAUGAAGUUGCUGGCUUCUCUAUUGCUGUGCAUGUCAGCUUCUGGUUUCAGCAGAUGUACAGUUUAAUUCCCCCUCUUUCCAAUUGAAUCACAGGAUUGUAUAGGAUUUCUUGCACCAUUUGUGAAAAAAUAAAAUCAAGCUGCUGGCUAAUAA